AGUUAAAUUGUUGUAAAGUGUUAUAUUUUAAGGGAAAACGACAGGACAGGUGUCCUUUGAUUUCCAACACCUGCUAGAUAUCAAAUCUUCUUCUGCAAGAAUUCAGAAGAAGAACCCCCCCCACCAUCAUCGACCAACAGCCAUCUACAUGAGUAUGCUGGGAUUUGUGUAUUUGGUCCUGAUACUGGGUUGGAUAUUGAUUGUCCUGUUUCUAAAGUGCAAAAAAUCUAUAACGCCCCACAUUGGAUUAAGCGACAACUACACAGACGCCACCAUUGAUCAUCGCAAUCCCUCGGUUCAUGUCAUACAAUUGCAACGGGAUGAUUUGGAGCAGGAGGAUCAGUUAAUGGAAUCUUAUCAUCAGCGUAGCAAUAGUCUGAGAAGGCAUUCACAGCGUAUACCUCUGUCAGCGGUGGAUGAGCGAAAUAUUGUGACCACCUAUCCAACCGAUGCCAUAAUUAAUCCCGCCUAUACCCACGAUGAGGAUUAUGUGAUUAAUGUAGCACCACCACCCUCCUACGAUGAGGUCAUGCGUCAACCGAAUGUUUAUCCCAAAGUUCAUAGCAAAAGUAGCGAGGCAAAUAUUUAAUGAGAAUACAAAGGGAAUAUCAAAAACUAACAGCAACAACGAAAAUGACAACAAAAUUUAACUGUGAUUCAACCUAGCCUUGGACGUGAAAAUUUAAUGAAAACGGAAUUGUAAUUCCCAACAUCAAACUAAAGAGGAUACACUUUUUGGCAAGGGAAGCGACAAGAAAUCUCAAAUAAUGUUUGUAUGUAUGUAGAAGUAAAUAAUUUGGGUUCGUUUUUCUAAUAUUAAUAAUAACAUUUUGUAUAUAUAAAAAAGUUUCAAUGUAGAUGAUUUAUAUUUUUUAAUAAAACUACAACACGGAAAAUAUUUUUCU